AUGGGAUCCAUUGAAGGUGUUGUUGCAUCGGUGACUUUGGAUCAGAUGAAUGGCUCUUCGUUUUUCAUUUUAAAUUCAUCCUCUCUCGUACCCGAUCGGGAUCCCCCAGUGUCUAUCAAAGAAACCGUCAUCACGGCUUCGCUGGGAAUCGUUUUAAGCUUGAUGUGUUUAGUUGGAGUGGUCGGAAAUGUCUACACACUGGUUGUAAUGAACAUCUCGGUAAGGGUUUCGUGUUCAGUGCACGUUUAUAUAGUCAAUUUAGCCGUGGCUGAUCUUUUAUACUUGUCUACUAUCCCGUUUGUCGUCUGCACGUACUUUGUGAAGGACUGGUACUUUGGAGAAAUUGGCUGCAGGGUUCUCUUCAGUCUGGAUUUCCUUACGAUGCAUGCAAGUAUUUUUAUUCUGACCAUAAUGAGCUCGGAGCGGUAUCUAGCCGUGGUGAAACCUCUGGACACCUUUGGGAGAUCGAGGCACUACAGGAGAACCGUUACCUGCGCCGUCUGGCUGCUGUCCUUCUUUCUUGCGCUCCCUAAUAUGAUUAUGAUUGAUCUAAAAAGGACGGUUCAAAACGGGAUGAUCAAGCGUAUGUGUCACCCAAACUGGCAGAUAAAAGCAUAUAAGAUCUACCUGACUGUGCUGUUCAACACCAGCAUUCUCGCUCCCGGUAUAGUAAUUGGAUGUUUGUAUGUUAGAUUAGCAAGGACUUACUGGAUGUCACAAACUGCAAAGUUCACAGAAAAGGGUAUGAAGCGCUGCCCCAAGCAGAAAGUUAUUUACAUGAUCUUUAGUAUCGUGGUCACUUAUUGCACCUGCUUCCUCCCUUUCUGGCUAUGGCAGCUGCUCAGCAUAUUUUACUUCGGACAUGGGAAACUGUCGCAUAAAACGAUGGCAAACAUAAAUUUCAUCGUGACGUGUCUCGCUUACAGCAACAGUUGCAUCAACCCUUUUCUAUACACGCUACUGACGAAAAACUACGGCGAGUACCUGCAAGGACGGAACAAGGUCUGCAUGGUGUCGGGAAGGAAAAAGCGGCCGUCGCAAAGAUCUGUGUCAUCUGGAAGCCACCAGUUCGCAGAAAUGAUGACCAUCGUUCAGUUUAAAGGAGAUAAGGAUGUGUCUUUCAUGUAAUCCUCUAAGUCUUAUGUACAAUAUAAAGAAAAUAAUAGACUAAUCUGUGUACCCCGAUUUCCAAAAUUAUUUCUAUAUUGUUGUUUUUUGAAGAACCUUAAAGUACCGGUAGUAUAAUCAUAACAUACAGUAUGGAGGUAAAAUAUAGUUGCAAGAAAGUGCCCUCUUUUGAAAUGAAUUACGGUAUGCAAUGUGUUGUAUGUGUGAUUUUGAAGGAACCUCACGAAUGUCUGGCAGUCUAACUCUAAGGUGGAUGUUUAACAAGCGAGAAUGACAAAAGAAUUUUAUGUUACCAAAAUGUGAUUGUAUUUAAUGCUUGUCUCUGUGUACUGUUUUAGUUACGAAUGUGUACUAAAGACAUCUUACUGUACAGAUUCUUAAAAAUCCCGAAGGAUCUUUGCCAAUACUGUA